AUUGCUUCCUACAUAUAUAAUUAACUCGUACUGAUCCACACACCUCAUUGAGACAUUUUCACAAACACCUAUGGAGUGCAGGAAGUUUGAAAUAACACUGAUAUCAGCAAACAACCUUGAAAACGUGCGCAUGCUCUGCAAGAUGAAAGUACACGCGAGGGUCUCCAUCGGAGGGAGCUCGCCGGAGACUGAGAAGAGAACUCCGACGGACAAGCACGGCGAGGUGAACCCGGCUUGGAAUUUCACGAUGAGGUACACGAUAAGCGAGACGAUGUUGGAGAACUACAACUCGAUGCUGGUCGUGAAACUGUACUGCAAGAGGAAGAUGGGAGAUAGAUACGUCGGAGAAAUCCACACGCCCAUGAAGGAGCUUUUCGAGUACGCCAAAAAUGGUGGAGCUGGAACAAACGCCGCCGUUUUGACUUUGCCUGUGCAGAAGGGUUGCGUUAAUUCUCAGGGGGCGCUUAGAUUUUCUUACAGGUUUGGAGAGAGAGUGUCGAUUGAUAAGCUUUUGUUGGCUGAGUGUGUUUCUAGCUGGAGCCUCUGUUAGGGUUUUUUUCCUUUUUUUUUUUAAUUUUGAUUCUGUAUAUUGUUUAGUGUUGGAAAAGAGGAUAAAGAGGGGUGGAAGAAGGUGUAAAUAAUAUCUCCAUUUUCUUGUGUUUUUUUUUUCAUUUAUAGGGUUAGUUUUCUUGUACCGAUAUAUUCUUGUAAGAAGUUCGUUUAAUCA